AUGUUUGCGAGACUGGAAUCAAUGGAGGAAGUUCCCACCCUUCAGAUCCCUGGACCUUUCCAGCUACUGGAUAACUUGCCUACGGAGCUCAUUCAUGCGGUGACCUUGCACUGUGAAGAAUUGCCAGAUUUUCUUAGUCUUUCUCGAGUUUCUCGCUCGACGCGGGCUGCCCUGUGGACACCAGCAUUCCGUAAAAAAUGGUUCCAGACGCACGCUUCAGCCACACUUUCAUACUUCAAGAUUGCUGCAAUCCUCUGCAUUCCCCUGCCCGCCACCGAGCUGUCAACAUUCUUGCUGGAGAACCUUGAGGAGGCCCCAAACGUUGAGCAACAAAGUGAUGCUCGCUCUGAGGAUUUCGAUGAUAUUCAAGCCUCGAUGGUGUGGGUGUGGAAAGAUGCCAUGCCGUGGUUUCUGCGACUGCAGAUUUUGACGAUGGGGAGUCAAAUAGGGGGCCCCACAUCCUUUGCGGAACUUGGGCGAUGGUUCGGCAUAUUUUGCACAUCGCCCUUGUAUCCGCAUUCGACAAUGGUUCCGGCUGAAGUGCUGCGAUAUGCAUGGCUAGCUUCGCAGUUUGAUAUCCAAUUUGCGGACAAGUUUUGUCAUACUGCAUUUGCACAUGCCUUUGAGCAGAGAGGUGCUCUCUUUAACGAACUGGGGAGAUCUGCCCAAACGGAACAGGCAACGUUUACGACAGAGUUUCGAGACUUUCAACGAUUUGUUCAGAGUAAAAUCAUCUCAACGGGGCGAAUGGAACCUGAUGGUACGCAUGUAUUUGACAGUGUCCAAAUCUACUGAGGUCCUAUGUCUUCAAAGAUGGCAACCUACCACCUCAUCAUUGCGAACGAUGACAACCCGUUUCCUUUGUGAUUGCAUAAACAAUUGUAGAUACGUACGUGUAGGAAGGUAGAGAUACUUACGGCGGAGACCGUUUUUGCUGCCAAAAUAUGUUACUUUUGCUGUCAACGUGCAGACAGUCCUCGUUAUAAACCUCCUUCAUUGCCAGUCAAGCCAGUCAACAGCCCCACGCUUUGCAAACGCCUUCUCGUCUUCUGAGUUUAAAAUCCAAAAGACAUUCGUUUUGCUUUUAUGAAUUAUUUACUUUAAAGGAGAAUUUCCC